GAGAGAGAGAGAGAGUAAGCAACUUUGUUACCAGGCAUAGCUGUGUCUCCUCCGGCACAGCUUGGUAAAAAAAAAAAAAGAGAGAGAGAGAGAGAGCAUUUGGCAGUUAUGGUUGAUCAGCGUUUCUUUCAUCCUCUCCGGUGCAUUAAAGACGACGAACGCGCUCCCGUUAAAUAGAUCCCUCUGUUUCAUUUCUGACGGAUUAAAAAUAAUAAUAAAAAAAAAAAAAAAAGAUGCGCUGAAACACAUGACGAGCCCACAUCUUCAUCAAUGUGCGUGAGAUGACAUUGAGGACUGUGAGCUCGGCCGUCAUUCGCAGGAAAAUGCAUUUUUGGAUUUUGUAUGUUUUCCUAAGUGCAACAUCAGUAUGCACUGCUGAGAUGUUUGGCACUUAUGGAGAAAUAUGUCAAAGACUGUGUGCCUGCGAGGAGAGAGAGGGGAUACUUACAGUGAGCUGUGAAAGCAGAGGAAUUGAAAGUGUCUCAGACAUAAACCCAGUGUACUUCUCCCAGUAUCAUCUGCUGCUCACAGGGAACCUUUUGAAAAAGCUAUCUGCCAAUGAUUUUGUUGAGUACAACGGACUUACAAUCUUACACCUGGGAAAUAAUGACAUAUCCGAGGUUGAAUCGGGAGCUUUUAAUGGACUUCAGGGAUUAAAACGAUUACAUCUCAACAAUAACAAAAUUGAUGCCUUGAAGGAAGAGUUUUUCUUUGGCCUUGAAAGUUUGGAGUAUCUACAAAUUGAUUACAAUUAUAUCACUCAUGUGGCGCCAAAUGCCUUCAGCAGACUUCGACAUCUGGAGGUCCUGAUUCUAAAUGACAACUUAAUAUCUUCUUUGCCUGUGAACAUUUUCCAGUAUGUACCACUGACUCAUUUGGACUUAAGGGGGAAUCAGCUCAAAGUGCUCCCCUACUCAGGUCUGCUGGAGCACAUGAAUAACGUCGUGGAGUUACAGCUGGAGGAGAAUCCGUGGAACUGUUCCUGUGAGUUGAUUGCCCUUAAAACCUGGCUGGAGAGCAUUUCAUACACAGCUUUAGUCGGCGAUGUUGUUUGCGAGUUCCCUUUUCGACUUCACGGGAGAGAUCUUGAUGAGGUUUCCAAACAAGAGUUAUGCCCGAGGAGAGCCAUCGCUGAAUAUGAGAUGCCACCCCUGCCACAUCUGAGCACCGAUGCAUACUAUAGGACCACGCCAGCUCCAGUGACAUCCUCCUUCACCUCAUCUGGAAUUGCACGAUCCUCAUCUAGACCCACUAAGGGACCUCGCCAGUCAGGCAAAUUGAAAUCAAGACCUACUUCUCGCACCCCGUCCAAUAAACCACAAAAUUAUGGCCAAAUUGUUUCAUAUCAAACCAAAUCCCCUGUGCCUUUAGAUUGCCCAACCGCCUGCACCUGCAAUCUUCAGAUUUCAGACCUUGGCCUGAACGUGAACUGUCAGGAGCGAAAGAUUGAGCAUAUCUCUGACUUAAAUCCCAAACCUUAUAAUCCCAAAAAGAUGUAUCUAACAGGGAAUUAUAUUCCUGUGGUGCGUCGAUCAGAUUUUAUCGAGGCGACUGGUUUAGAUUUGCUUCAUCUUGGUAACAAUCGAAUAGCUCGCAUACAUGACAGAGCCUUUGGCGAUUUGACACAUCUAAGAAGACUAUACCUUAAUGGAAAUCUGAUUGACCAUCUUACAGCUAAUAUGUUUUAUGGAUUGGAGACCCUACAGUUCUUAUAUUUAGAAUACAAUGUCAUUAAAGAGGUUGCCUUCGACACCUUUCAGCAUGUACCCAAACUUCAGCUUCUUUUCCUGAACAAUAACCUCUUAAAAACGUUACCAGUGGGAACAUUUAAAGGCCUGAAUUUAGCCAGACUGAAUCUUCGCAACAACCAUCUGCGAUAUCUGCCGGUCAGCGGGGUGCUGGAUCAGCUUACAGCACUGGUGCAAGUUGAUUUGUUCGAGAAUCCCUGGGAUUGCUCUUGUAGCAUACUGGAGCUGAAGAUGUGGCUGGAGCAGCUUAGCACAGGCACAGUUGUAAACAAUGUCAUCUGUGGCUCGCCUAAAAGGCUAGCUGGGGAAGAUAUGAGAUACAUUAAGACAUCUAAUUUCUGCCCUAAUAACUCUGAUAUACUAGCCUCCAUGAUCCCACCCUCUGAAGAAUCUUUUCCUGGCAGCACCAUCACCAUAGAAACAUCCCUGGACUCUGACACAGAAUACAGCGCCAUUCCUUUAUCUGUGAUGAUUCUUGCCCUUCUCCUUAUAUUCAUUGUGUCUGUGUUUGUGGCUGCAGGAUUGUUCGUGGCAAUGAAAAAGAGACGCCAAAAGAGUCAAAACAAGCAAAAUAACUCCAUGAAUGCUUGCAUUAGCUCGCUCAACAUGGAAUAUGGUCUUUACAAAAAGGGAUCCAUUCCCAAAGUCAGAACAUCUGCUGGGCAUGUAUAUGAGUACAUCCCACCUCCUACAGAACCCACAUGCAGAACUACAGCUCACACCCCGACAGACAGCAAAUCAGUGGAUGGAUUUAGAGACUUUGAUGAGUUGAGCGGUGCUUUUCUGGGUAACUCGGAUGAAGAAGCAGCCAGUAAUGUAAUAAGCUCGGAAUACAGUGCCACAACUCCAGAGCCUCUUAACAAGCCCACCACCCCUCACCGAGACGAUCUGUGCUACUACAGAGAUGUGCUUGAGCCCGACAAGCAUGCACACUACAGCAAUACGUUACCAUGCAAGCAUACGGCGCAUUCAUCCAGUCAGUAUACCUCAGACUAUGAUGCAAGGCAUCAAUAUGUGCAGCCAGAGAGAAUACAACAGACAAUACUCUAUUGCACAGCACCAAGUACUGUCUAUGUGGAGCCCAACAGGAGCGAGUACUGGGAACUGAAAGCAAAGCUUCAUGUUGACCCUGAUUACCUUGAGGUUCUUGAAAAACGAACAACAUUUACACAGUUUUAAAGAGACUUGGCCCCUGGACAGAUGGAUUAAUGCAAUGUAUCCGUCUUAAUCAGGAAUGAGUUUAAAAAAAACAUGCUUAACUAUCACCUUUAUUAGUGCAGAGCAUUGUGAGCUACAGUAUGCAUUUCUGGGAAUCAUGCUUUACAGGAUCGAACAUGAAAGAGGAACAUUACUCAUUUUAAAAUAUCACUUAACCCGUCAUCUCUGUGGUGUUUAACAUUUUUGUUUUGAAUUUGUAAAUAUGAAGAAGCAACCAGAGAUUCAGGGCUCUUAUGACUCAUCCCAUCAUGAAAUACAUUCUGGAGGUGUUUCAUAUUGACAAUAAUGUGAGACUGAGCUUUUGCUCUCAAAAUUAGAUGCAUUUUAUGAGUGGUAAUGAACCGUGCGGAUGAUAUGUUUUUAUCCCAAAAUGAACAAGUUUUUUUUUGUGACCGUAUAUGGCUCCCAGUUCUGUCUUUUUAAAUGUAUUCAAGACAAAACUCAAACAAAAUAUAUUAGACUAAAUCAAAUUUAUCUAUAAACAUGAAUUUCAUCAGCCUGUAAGCGUUGACAAAAGUCGUACAGCCUACGCAUUUCUUAGGAAAUUGUGCUCCAGUGAAAAGUGUGUCAGACACAUUUAGAAGUGGUUUCACCUCCAGUGUGCACUGCUCUCGGAUGAUUAUAUCAAAUGCAUACAAUCAUCAAACAAAUUCAAAUGCAAUAUCGCAAAGCACAGAAUAUGAGGCCAGUGAAUCUCUGUCAUCUUGUUGCAGAAGCUUGCAGAUUUGGGAGAGGAUAACUAAUGUACCCUAAAAAUAUACUGAGCUGACAUACUGUAGUACAUGUACUGUAGGGUAAUCUGUGAAAGUUGGUGGUGUUUCCUCAGAGCCUCCCUGUCUCCAAACCAACUGCACUUGUGGAUUAUGGUCACAUGUUGCACUUGUAUUGAGUUAAAUAUUAAUGUAUUGUAACUGUACUCAGAAAUGUUGUAACUAAAAUAUUAUAAUCACAACUGUAUUCAGAUGUAUUGCAACUGGAAGAAAAUGAGCUUUAACUGCAGGUUUGUAACAUAUGUCACCGGCAAUUUACAUGAACAUAUAAUACACUUGUUGGAAAUAGAUGAAUUGCAAUGAGAUAUUCAUUUGAAUAUAAUUUGAGAACCAAAGCAUUUCCCAUAAAAAUCAGCUCAUCGUAUAUGCAAAGUUUUACAUUCGGGGGGCUACACCAAAGCACAGCCCUGUGCUUUAUUGUACCCUUACAACCUUUUUAGUUUUCCUAAUCAUAUGUGUGAAUACACUGACAAAAAAUGUCUUUCAGUUGCAAUACAUUUGAGUAGAUUUGCAAUACAGUAAGAGUCUAUAAUGUUUCUCUUCAUACUUCUGUUUGAAAAGCAACUAUCGGAUCUGUUGGCCCGAGGCCAAUUUAAAAACAUAUAUUAUGACUAUUUUUAUAGAAACGAAUAUUUCUUUUCUUUCUUUUUUUUUUCUUUUACAAAAAAAUGCACUAUUGACUUCUAUAGGUCAACAUUGAUGUCACUUUCUAAAAUGCACAAAAUGGUAACAUGUGCAUAUAGCCAUAGGAGUAGGUUUUAACAACUGCAUACAUAAAGGUCAAACUCAUGUUAAGAAAUCUUGCACUAUGCAUAGAUAUCAAGUAUACUUGGACAAUCCGUUUAAAAUGCAGCUCAUCCCCUCGGUCACCAACACUUAUGAUAUUUAAUAUCAUCACAUCCCAUAAAUGGUUAUUUGAAAUUUAACAGGCAUGAAUAUUCAGAGGUACUUUUGUACCACAUUUUGGAUAAUUAAGUUUUUCUAAAACUUCAUAUAUUUUUAAUUAAUGUGUUUUUAGAGGAAUACUGAGUGGAUUUGUGUGUUUUGCAUUCUAACGAGAAGCACUGUCUCAUUACUUGGCAUUGUUUGUUUCAUCUCUUUGGUGCGGGGUCGUAUGAAAUCUGGCAAUUUGACUGCAAUUAGCAGCCUCUGUUGCUCUCCUUUUAAGGAGGUAUUGAUGGGUAGUGUAACAAAUGUGCAAAAGUCUGCAAGAGCUUUUAGCCAUUAAGGCUGAAAGGCACAACAAAACGAAUGCCGUUUCUGAAUGGUCGUCUUUGUGCAUAAAAAAAGGUCCUGUGCUGUAUAGCAAAAUAAGCACAUCAUCCAGUCUUAAUGCAGUCUAACCAAUUUUUGGGUCAAUAGUGUAAGCCCUUAAAUCUGACUUUCCCCUUAAGAGUUUAACACACAGAGUAAAUUCACAUUAUAUGCAGUUUUAUGCACUGAACCUGUCAUCUUAAGUCAGCUCAUUAGAGGACAUGGUGUAUGUGGACCCUGUCUAAACGUCACCAUGUAUUACACUGCAGCAUUAGUCAUGCUGUUUAUCAAGUAUACAGUCUUAGUUUGUUGCCUUUCACAUGUUCAGAGGCAUUUCAUGGUUAUUUUCUGUUCUUUGGAAGUUCAACAGAACAAACAAAAUCUACACAGUGAAGCAUGAUGUGAACCUGCACAGGUUUGUACUUUGUUACGGGUAGGAUUUUCUUAAUCGAUAUAUUGCUGUGAAGUUAGUGGUGAAAAACACUGUAAACCUGCAAACAUGCACAGACGGAUGCACACAAUCAAAAAUGUUUUUUUUUUCUUUAUUGUGAACAGUCAUAGCCAUCGUUGAGUUAACUUUUUUUUUUUUCAGUUCUCAAGUUGCUCAUUAUUUUUUAAAUGUGUUUGUACAGCCAAACUAAUGCAACCGGGGAGAAGAUAGCACAAACAAUUGUCUGCAUUUGGAGGAAAAAAAACACUUUCAGUUUAUAAGAAUCCUGCAAUGUGUGAUGGAACACAACAUUUACUGUAUAUAACAAUUUAUGAUAUGUUUUUUUCUCUUUCUGCUUUUUGUAAUCGAUGACCAAAUGCGGAUGUUUGUCACAUGUGAGCCUA